CGCUCUCAUCGCGUCAGUACUGUCUAGCACUUGUGUGAUACGGACGUAUACUGCUCGCAUAUUAGAGCUCUUACGCUGCACACGAAACAAGUUUUAUACUUUACAUACCAGAAAUUUCUAAUCUAACAAUUAAAACAAAUAAAAAUCAUGAUCGAUUUGAGUGUAUUAGUGCAAAAAACAUUUAAUUCGUCGCGGUAGAGACGUUUCUUGUGCAUUUUGUGAUUACUUUAUCAACUUUAUCGGAUGAUACAAUACAAGGUGUAACAGAGACUCGAGUGUAAUUGUUUAUUAUUUUGAAACAAAGACUUUCCGUUGAAGACGUGAAGUUUAAAUAAAACUCUGUUUUCUUGGUUUUCUGAGGACGCAAACGAAUAGUGUGUUGAAAAGAGACAAGAUGAGGGCCCAGCGCGUUAGAGCGACAGGUGUGGCGGCUUUAGUGGUUUUGUUGGCAUCAAUAACAGGAUGCGUGGGUCAGAGUUUGAAGAUAUUCCCAAUGCAAAAGGAGCAGACUGUAGCUAUUGGAAAGUCAGUUGUCCUCACAUGCCAAGCAGAUGCUCAGGAUCCUUCAUUGAUCACACAACCCCAGUGGAAGGAUCCCAAAGGAUUAGUUAUAAAUGAAGCCGCACCUGGUACUCGACCGGAAAUCUACACGGAGGCGAUGCCAACAAAACAAUUGCAGUUGCUUUAUAUAUCGUCAAUAACUCCGGCGAUGGCAGGCAAUUACACAUGUGUAGCGACAUAUACAAACAUACCUUUAAGUGCAAGCGUUAUUUUGGAUACUUAUGUUGCUAUCACAUUCACAAAUGCCAACGAAAAUCAAUAUGCAACAAAGGGACAAGAGUUUAAAGUUAUGUGUGAAGUGACUGCUGAACCCGCUCCCACAAUAGACUGGUUCAAAGAAGGAGUGCCUAUUGAAACCGGCGAUAGAUAUGUUAUUCAUGCCAAUGGAUUACUAAUUAAAAAUGUACAAGAAAGUGAUGACGGAUCUUAUAUGUGCCGAGCAGUUGUCAUUCACACUGGUGAAUUAUCUGAACGGGAAAUCAAUGUAGAGGUAUAUACUGCGCCAGAAAUGGAAGAAAGAGAUCAGGUAGUAGUUAUUAAAGAAGGUGAAACGGCUCAGAUUACUUGCAAGGCCCGAGGGAAGCCACCACCAACUUAUAGUUGGAUUAAAGCUUCAACACGAGAAAACUUAGCAACAACAAGCAGAUUUAGUGUGAACGAAAAUACUGGAUUGUUAACAUUCAGUCGUGUGGAGGCCAGUGAUUACGGCAAAUACAUCUGCAGUGCAAGCAACCCAGCUGGACAGAACGAGACAGAGAUCGAAGUGGAAGUUCUUGUACGACCCAAAAUUUUCGAAUUAUUCAAUGCGACUGUAUCAGAAAAAAUGGACGGCAGAUUGGAAUGCAAAGCGACAGGACGGCCGGCUCCGCGCAUAAGUUUCAGGAAACUGAGCAACCCUGACCGAUUCACAAAUGGUGCUUACGAUAAUGGAAGAAUCACAGUCGAGACGAGUUCUCGACAAACCGGGGAUCAGAUGGAAUCUAGUGGCGUUAUCACAAUUUCAAAUCUAAAUAGAACGGACGAUGGCUUGUACGAAUGUUUAGCCGAAAAUGAUGGUGGAGAAGCAAGAAAGAAUGGUCAUUUAACAGUUCAAUUUAAACCGACAUUCCAAAACAUGCCCGAUAUUCCAAUCUGGAGCUGGAAUGGCCAACCAGUGAACAUAAGCUGUAUUGCUGAAAGUAUUCCGAAUGCAACUAUUAAAUGGAGGCACAGGGAUGUAGAUUUAGUAGAAACUCCUCACAUAAAGAUCUUCGGUUCUGGACCUAUUAGCUACGUUACAAUUAGCCCAGUCGAUAGAGCUAUGUUUGGCGUGUAUAAAUGCAUAGCUACGAAUAUACUCGGCGAAGCAGAACACAUAAUUGAGUUGAGGGAAGGUUUCCCACCAGGCCGAGUUAUCCAAGCAAUACAAGAAACUAUUACGGCAACAUCGGUGUCCUUUAACAUUGUCGGUCCAGCUGAGGACAUGGGCCCUCCUAUAUUAGCAUUCACAACUCAAUACAAGGAAAACAGCAAUUUCGAUUGGAAUCUCGCAAGGAACCGAACUUGGUCGAUCAACUCGCCAUAUAUCGUUGAGAAUUUAAGGCCCAUGUUCACGUAUGACUUUAGAUUUGCUGCAGUGAAUCAGGUCGGCGCAGGAGUUUGGUCGGCGCCUUUGACGGUUAUAACGCCCAAAACAUCACCUCCGCAACAACCAAAAUGGAGAGAAAAUAUCAGUUCAGAUUCGCUUAUUUAUGGAAAAUACGCAGAUAAAUAUGAGUUAAAAUGGAAAGUUCCAGCUGAUAAUGGUGAACCCAUCGAUAUGUAUGAAAUCAGCUAUUGUCCUGUCGUAAAAGUUAGUGGAGAAUGGAAAGUAGUAUCUGAAUCACAGUGCACAAUAGAAGAAUUAAAAUCCUACGACGCUAUUAGCUAUGAAGUCAGAGGACUAUAUCCUGACACGCGUUACCGAAUGCACGUGAGAGCGCACAACGUUCUCGGAUACUCGUUGCCAGUAGAACUGUAUCUGCAGACUGCACUCGGUGUGGGUUCCGGAUUUGCACCACCUCAACUAUUGUCAAGUGGAGCGAUUAUUGGAGUGGCAUUAGCUGGUGUAUUCAUCUGCUUGCUAAUAGUAGAUCUUCUUCUACUAUGCUUCAGGCGACAAGGUUUUAUUGCCACAAUCUGCGGAAAACGUGCGAAGAAGCACAAAGAGGACGAAGCUAAACUGGGAAGUCUGUACGGUUGGCGCUUCCCGCUCCCUUAUUGCAGCACGAAGCCGCGCGCGCCGCCCUCCCCCGCGCCCUUGCCGCCACCCGUGAAGCUCGUGCCAACACCAACAGAUGAGAAGGAACCGUUAAAGGAUACUGGCGAUGAUGGAUUAAAGAGGAACUCUUCGGUGGAAUUCGACGGUCGACGGGUUUAUGCAACUAGUGGAGGAACGAUUAUUGGUAAAAAUUCAGCUGUCUAAGAAGUAUUCUUAUAUUGUUGUGGUAUUUUUUAACGGAGAGAAUAAUCGUCUUCAAUUGACGUUUUUAUUCGAUAUUCUUUGAAUGUCACUUAUAUUUAACGAGUAUAACAGCUUGUGUAUUUGUGAAAGGCGCGACCAGUAUUCGAAACUGCCAAAAGUGAAUUUAUUACUUUACUAUUAAGUACUUUAUCAGCUUUACUGUCUAUCGUUAUUAAUUAGAUCUAAAUGAAAUCAGUUUUGUAACGUUAAUUAUAAUUGAAACGCUUUUGAAAAUCAAUUCAGACAUUUUAAGAUGUAGGCACAGUUGCUUCAAAAGGUACGGGAUGUGCCUUCUAUUAUGUACUAAUGAGGGUAUAACGUAGGUUAGUGUAUAUAGAUAAGACCAAUAUGCUAUGUUCAUGUCACAAUAUUGAAGUAACUUAUUAUAAUAAUCUCAUACACUGUGACCAUGACCGCGUAUACAGAGACUCUUUUUUUAUCGUUUCUAAAAUUAAUUAUAAUAAUAAAUAGUAUGUUAUAAUAAUGCCAGUAUCAGUGUAAAAAUAUUAAUCUUAGUUAAUUCUUUUAACAUCUUAAAAAAUGACAACCGUUUUAAAAAUUUCUCUGAGUUAUAUAAUAAACCAUUUUUUUUUUAAUUCAAUUAUUUUUAAUAUUCAGAUUUAUUUUUCAAGAACAGCUACGAAUUUGCAAUUAGUAUUUAAGACGUGUAUAUAACUAGGUAAAUAAGUAAUUGUAAAUAAUUACCUGUUUGUUUUCUUAAUAUAAAAUGAUCUCACAUAUAAGGACAAUAUCUUACAUAUAUUGUUAAUUGUAAUUUGUAUGUUAUUUAAACACUUAAUCUCGCCGAAUUUUAUUAUCCUUCUAUGUGAGAUAAAUAUUUAAGACUAAAUGUAUGACGAACUAUAGAGUACUAGCUUUGUAGUUUGUUUUAUAUCAAGAGAUAGUGCCAGUGAAAUGGUUUAGGCAUUAUUAUUAGGCAUUUUAUAUAAACAACAUAUUACUAGACUAAUUUGAUGACUAAUUAGUAAACGCUAAUAGAACAAAAAAGAACUAAAAUUAUUAUAAUCCUAAAAUGAGUGUUUAUUCGCAUAAUUUUUUUUUUCGAAUUUAUUAUUUAAUUCUGAUUAUUUGAGGUACUUAAAAUUAUCUACUUUACUCUAAUAUCGACAUUUUGUUCAGAGCACUGUCUGUUAAAAAAAGCACACCUGUUUUAUUUAACAACGAUGUUCCCAAGUCUCAAAUACGUUUCUAAUACAUAUUUAGGAGUAGAUUACUAGGUUUCUAAAAAUCUCAUAGUCUAUGAUUUUCAUAAACUAUGUGAUUUUUAAAAUGAUUUUUACAUCCUAACAUAGUAGGUAUAUAGCCUAUUUACUAUCUUUAAAAAGAAAAAUCUCAUUAUAUUUGUUUAAUUUCUCAUUGCUAUUAUUAUUUUUAUCCUUCAUAAACGUUAAGAAUAUUAUUUCACUGGCGUCGUCUAUUGAUAAAUAAGUCAUCACUAGCAUUUAUAAAUAUAAGAUGCAAAAAUCCCGCUUAUUCAAAGUAAGCUCGUCGUAGUUAAAUGUUUAAUUUUAUAAACAAAAUGUUGGUAAUCAUAUACCUGACGUAAUCGGAUAAAACAUAUAUUUUAUUAAGAAAUCGCUUUUACGCAUAAUUGUAAACAUUAAAUAACUUAAUGUUAUACUUAUAUCCACUUUGUAUAUCAAAAUUAUGUAUAGGACCAAUACAUUUAAAAUUUACAUAAAUUUAUGUACCGAAUAUGAUUUACAUUUUCGGUUUACAUUUUUUAUUUGUUUCGUAAAUAAUAAUUCUAAGUUAAUUAAAAAAAAUGCCCAACGGCAUAGUGCAUACAUGUAAUUAUUUUGUUUUUCAAAUUAAAUAUUACAUUAAUUUUUUAACUUUUGUAAUAUUAUUCUUUAAAAGUAAUAUUUUUAUUAAUUGAUAUAUUUUACGACAUGAGUCAAGUAGUGGGGCCUAUUUUAUAAUUAUUAAACGACUUUUGUUAAUAAUUAUAAGUAGUAACUUUUUUAUAAGUACUUCAACACAAUAUUCGCAUUAAAUACAUGUAUGGACAAAAUACAAUAUACAUAUAUGGACCAUUUUAAAAAGUAAUCCAAUGAACAAAACUGUACACCAUUUUUGUAUUAAUAUUUUAAGAAAAAAAAAAUAUAGCUUUUAUUUGUCAUAAAUGUCGAAGCUUGUAUAUUACUCUCAUGAGUUUGUGAAUAUGCGUACAGCGUAUGUUGAACAAAAUAACGGCGCAUUUUUAUAAAAUAAAUGUCAUGAAAAAUUAA